GUGACUUCAAAAGACCGAGUAACCGAGAAGUAACCGAGUGAGUCGAUGAUGUGUUGAUGGAGCGAAAGGCAGGGCACUUGACAAAGUCUGUGCAAGAGAUUGCUGGAUCUUUGUUCUGGAUAAAGGUUGUAGGAAUAGGAAAUGAUGGCGUAGGGAAGACCUGCCUUGUCAAGAACUUUUGUGAGAAAAAGUUUUCAAAAAGUUACCACCCAACUGUAGGAGUUGAUUAUGGCUUCAAGCUGCACAAAGUCAACAACAUUGACUACAGAAUUAACUUCUGGGAUUUUGGAGGUCAUACAGAUUAUGAUGAAAUUAGAGUAGAACUGUAUGGCCAAACACAGGCCUGUAUUCUGGUGUUUGAUGUUACAAACAAGCUGUCGUUUGACUCUCUGGACUAUUGGAUGCAAGAGUUUAUUAGUAAUGGAGGCAAACAAGCAAUAGUAGCUGUGGUGGCUAACAAGACUGAUCUUUCCUCUAAAAGAGUUAUAAGUAGCAAAGAUGGGCAGAGAUGGGCCAAGUCACGUGACUUACGGUAUUAUGAAACAUCUGCAGCCACAGGCCAAGGUGUUCAGGAUAUGUUUAGUGGAGUGCUAGCAGCAGUAGCAGAAGGGAAGCUAGUGAAGGCCAAGCCAGUUGUUAGUGCUGAGCAAAGUUCAAGUAAACAUAAAUAAAACAAAUCAACAAGAAUGAGUCCUGUAAAUAACAUAUUUAUUUGUUUAACACUAUAGUACUACAUCUCAUUGUAUUGUCACUAUAAAACCUGCUCUAAAAUGACAACAAAACCUUUGAACAAAAACUACUCAGAAACUUCACACCCUUUAAAGCUUAAUUUUUACAGUUGUUUCUGUUGAGAAAUAUUUGUAGGAAGGUCUUCAGCAUGAAAUGAUGUGCUAUGUACAUUAACUGGGAAGAGUUCAAAUACAUCAAAUAAUAACAAAAAAUUUAAAUCAUCUUAGCCUAUAAGUAGAGCAAUGUAGUUUUUGUUUUCCUUUUUGGACUCAAUAUCUCAUUAACAUUGUUUGACAGAUAAACUGUUGCUAAAAAGUAGAGGACUAACAUGGUUUGGUUUCUUUGAUUACUAAACAGAGGUAUUGGUCUGUGAAUGGACUAAAAGUAUGAUUUCCUACAAACCAUGAUUUAUAUUCAGGCAUGUACAAUAAAUACUGUGUCUGUGACUGUCUGUUGAGCCUUGCCCCCAAAUGAGAAAUCAAAAUGAUGAAAAUAACAAAUCAUUUCCACUGCCUAUCACAAAUUUCAUUUGACUUCUUAUAUUAAACAACAUUUCACAAGUCCAUCUACUACUAUCCAGCAGAACAGGAGCAACUUAUCGUUUCAUAGUAAAAAUUAUUUUCGUUAGAUAUAAUCUCAUAGCUAUGGAGGAGAUAAAGAGUGUUCAUUGC